CGAAAGAUACGGGGUAGAUUUCUCAGACGCAUUGCAGCCCGAAAAGCCUGACCUAGAGACCAUCAUGUCGAUGCCAUUGGACGACCCUUUUUGGAAUCGUGGUGAAGUACCACCCAAAGAACGUGAAGGGGCGGAGAGAGAUAGACUGGGUAUUCAGAGCUUCUUAUCGCGUCGAAGCUCUCAAGAAGAGCUUCGACGCAUUGCGCGAGAAGUCCGCCAGAUGACUGGAUGGGCAAACUCGUACCAUGGUCGCAUAAAAUCGCUGAAACAGCGAGUUGCGGCAGCUCCGGUCGGGUCUAUUCGAGAUAGAUUGACAUGCCUAUAUAGCAUAGUAUCCAAGAAGGCAUGUAAGCUUUGGAAGAAAUGGGGUGUUGAGCUCAAACGACAGCUUCAAGAAACAAGUACGCUUCUUGUGAACACUCGCGAAAUGGAUAAAAUUUUGAAAAAAGGCUUCGAGAAGGUAACUAAAUGGACCGAAAAGUUAUGGAGGAAGAUGGCAGGUAUUCAAGCCCAGGAGCCUAGUGAGUUUGAAGAAGCUGAGGACGAAGAGUACGAUCAGUUGUAUGAUAUGUUUGGUGAAUUGAUAAUAUGAUAUAUAUCUAAUAUAUCUAAAUGACACAAUGAUUAUAUGUUAUAUGUUAUAUCUAUACUUUGAUGAAAAAAAUCUACUAUGAAACAAAUCUACUAUGAAUUUAACUAUGG